AUGAUCAUCCCAAUCACCCUCGCCACAUCGUCCUCCUCCAACCCUAAAUUACCCUCGGGAUUGGUGAAGGUCUCACACGAUGAAGUCGUGCUCGUCGAGCUCCAAGGCGCGUUGGACGUGGAAGGAGGCCAUCCAAGCCAACGCAACGGCAAGCUUGUAGGGAAAUUGACGAUCGAUGAGGCUGCGAGCAGGCCUACGCUCUUGAUCGGGCACCAUCUCCUCGAGGGCAAGGUCGCCGCGCUUCCCAAGCCGUUGGCCGUCCUGUUGCGUAACCCUUCCUCUUCAUCAUCUUCCUCCAGCACAAGCACAAGCGGAAGCAAAACUAGGACAAACCAAAUGGAGGAUUCAUUAGAAGGCGAUCUACAGGAACACCCUCGCGAAGGAGAAGAAGACUCCGGCUCAGACGAUGACGCGAUGGACGUCGAUUCUACCGGUAUCGCCGUGCCUUCACGGGGAAAGGCCAAAAAGCCAAAAGAGAGGCUCGGAGGCGUCCAGCAGGAUCUGGAAUCACAACCAGACCACCUCUCACUCGAGCCUAGCGCGGGCUGGACGAUCACCGCCAUCGUCAAGCGGAAGAUCAUCUUCUCGAAGAGGCCCAUGCCUGUCACGAACAAGAAAUAG